CGCGGGCAGCUUAAGUGCUGGGUUUGAUGAAGUCACGAGCGAGCGCCAUGAUUUAAUGCGAGUAUUGCUGGAGAAGUGUCUGUGUGUGAUCUGCUGCUGGAGACCCGCUGUGUACAAUAUGAGUGUGAUCGAUCAUGUACGGGACAUGGCCGCCGCUGGCCUGCACUCCAAUGUGCGCCUACUGAGCAGUCUGCUGCUGACCAUGAGCAACAACAACCCGGAAAUGUUUUCAUCAUCACAGAAGUACCAGUUAUUGGUGUACCAUGCAGAUUCUCUCUUCCAUGACAAGGAGUAUCGCAAUGCUGUCAGUAAAUACACCAUGGCUCUACAGCAGAAAAAAGCCUUAACCAAGACCUCCAAAGUCAGGCCAUCCACGGGAAAUGCUGGUGCCACGCCACAAAAUCAGAGUCUUCCAUCUGAAAUAGAAGUAAAAUAUAAGAUGGCUGAGUGUUACACAAUGCUUAAGCAGGAUAAAGAUGCUGUUGCUAUAUUGGAUGGAAUUCCUUCCCGACAAAGAACGCCAAAGAUUAACAUGAUGUUGGCUAACUUGUACAAGAAGGCUGGCCAGGAACGCUCAGCAGUAACCAGCUACAAAGAGGUAUUGAGGCAGUGCCCGCUGGCGCUCGAUGCAAUACUAGGAUUGUUGUCUCUGUCUGUGAAAGGGGCAGAAGUAGCAUCAAUGACCCUGAAUGUUAUUCAGAGUAUUCCUAACUUGGAUUGGCUUUCUGCUUGGAUCAAAGCUUAUGCGUUUGUUCACACCGGAGACAACACACGAGCAAUUAAUACGAUCUGUUCUUUAGAAAAAAAAUCUUUACUCCGAGACAAUGUGGAUCUACUAGGAAGUUUGGCAGAUCUCUAUUUUCGAGUUGGUGAUAAUAAAAAUUCCAUUCUAAAAUUUGAGCAGGCUCAGAUGCUGGAUCCUUACCUAAUUAAAGGAAUGGAUAUUUAUGGUUAUCUGCUAGCUCGAGAAGGGCGACUGGAGGAUGUGGAGAAUCUUGGCUGCCGAUUAUUCAACAUAUCUGAUCAGCAUGCAGAGCCAUGGGUGGUGUCCGGAUGUCACAGCUUUUACACCAAGCGACACUCCAGGGCCUUGUAUUUGGGGGCAAAAGCAAUACAACUGAACAGUAACAGUGUUCAGGCUCUGUUACUGAAGGGGGCAGCACUGAGGAAUAUGGGCAGAGUGCAAGAGGCAAUCAUUCAUUUCCGAGAAGCAAUCAGACUGGCUCCUUGUCGUUUGGACUGCUGUGAAGGUCUCAUUGAAUGUUAUCUGGCAUCCAACAGUGUGCGGGAAGCUAUGGUCAUGGCCAACAAUGUCUAUAAAACCUUAGGAGCAAAUGCCCAGACACUGACACUGCUGGCAACAGUAUGUUUGGAAGAUCCGGUAACUCAGGAAAAGGCCAAAACCCUCCUGGACAAAGCUCUCUUACAAAGGCCAGAUUAUAUCAAGGCCGUGGUGAAAAAAGCAGAGCUGCUUAGUCGAGAACAGAAGUAUGAGGAAGGCAUAGCUCUGCUGCGAAGCACCCUUGCAAAUCAAAGCGACUGUGUCUUGCAUCGGAUGUUGGGUGACUUUCUCGUGGCUGUGAAUGAAUUCCAAGAGGCCAUGGAUCAGUACAGCAUCGCUCUGAGCUUGGAUCCAAAUGACCAGAAAUCCCUGGAAGGAAUGCAGAAGAUGGAGAAAGAGGAAAGCCCAACGGAUGCUACACAUGAAGAAGAUGUGGAUGACAUGGAGGGAAGUGGAGAAGAAGGGGACUUGGAGGGCAGUGAUAGCGAAGCAGCGCAGUGGGCAGAUCAAGAACAGUGGUUUGGGAUGCAGUGACACCUACGAAGCUCACACCAUUUUCUAUUUUCUGAAUUUAUACAGAUUACGGGAAGCACCCCUUCUGCAGGACCUUUUUGCUGUGGAAUCCCCCACUGCUUUCAGCGUCCUCAUUAUCUGUAUUUUGCAGCAUCUGCCCUGCCUGCAGAUUCUAUUCACUUCUGGGACCCUAAGGUGAAACGCUCAUGUAAAAUGAAACUGAGAAAAGUAUAGGAAAAAAUUCUGCGCUGCCCUUCAUAUAAGCAGCUAACACAGCAAAUAGACAAAUAGCAAAAAAGUGAAAUCAAAAAGUGUAGCACUAAUCAAAUGACUUGAUACACAUAAACGUAAGUAAACAAAGUCCUCAAAUGAACAAACACAGUGAUAUACAAUAGUGAUGCACUGAUGAAUACGCAAUUGAAUGUCUGUAAUGUAGAGAGACACAAUAGUAGUGCACAAAUGGAUAAUUGAAUGUCUGUAAUGUGACAAAACCCCAAUGUAUGAAAAAGUUCAAGACUUGGCGGUGACUUCAAACAAAAACAAAUGGUGAAGAGAUGAUGAAGUGAGGAAACGCUCAUGUAGCCUCCAAAACCUGUCCCAGCAUUUCCUUUAAAUCUUCAGCUGUAAGCAUCUCCGGUAGGGAUAAUACUUUGAGUGUGUGUAGGCAGAAAGAAGGCAGCCUUCUGUUACUGAAUUUACUUUUAUGUUGUAUCUGGCUGUAUCAUUGCUUGUCUGUUAAUGGACACCCAAAUAUCAAAAACACAAAAGAUGCCUUUUCUAGUCAUUUUAAUAUGACUAGUUGUCAGGCAAAUCCAUUGGCUUUAGCACCUUCUGAGAUGACACCUUGCAACAAGUAAUGGAGAUUAGGAGUUUUGACUAUACUUUGACCUACCUUGUUGCAUACUUGUUCCAUGUCAGACGCUCAAAGUGUUUAAUCUAGACAAAGCCAGUCAAUUAACAUUUUCAGGUCGGCAUUGGAAGCCCUCAUCUUUCUCCAGUAAAGUUUUUUUUUUAUUUUUUUUUAAUGCAUGUUUGAAUCCUAAGUGGUGUCUGUAUUCAUGUACCUUUUUUUUUUUUUUUUUUUUUCUUUGCAUGGAAAAACCUAAUCGUCCAAGUCCAUUAUUCGGGUUCUCAACACGUCUACCAUUUGCAUCUAAGUUGGUUCCAUGAUAUAAUCCAACAUGAAAACUUUUUUAUUU